UUUAGAGACAGAUUAUGCCGCGUAUCUCAACAGUUGCUUCGGCAUAAGGAUCCGCUGACCUUAAAUCGACUUGUCAACGUUUCGUUGUCGAUUUCGUUACAAUAAUUUGGUACUCAAGUCCAGCACCGUUCGAAAAUGGGAGAAAGAAAAGCUGUUAAUAAGUAUUACCCUCCAGAUUGGACUCCACAACAGGGCUCCCUUGACAGAUACCAUGGACAACACCCGUUACGUGAACGAGCUCGAAAGCUUGGCCAAGGAAUUCUCAUUAUUAGAUUUGAGAUGCCCUACAACAUAUGGUGUGGAGGAUGUGGAAAUCAUAUUGGAAUGGGUGUGAGGUACAAUGCAGAAAAGAAAAAAGUUGGUAACUACUACACAACACCCAUCUACAGAUUUCGCAUGAAAUGUCACCUUUGUGAUAAUCACUUUGAAAUAGAAACUGAUCCAAAGAACUGUGAUUAUGUUAUUGUGAGUGGAGCCAGAAGGAAAGAAGAAAGAUGGGAACCAUCAGCUACAGAAACUGUUGAACUAACAGGUAAUCAACUUCUCAGAAAGAAAUUUCGUGAGCAGAAACAGGAUUUGAUUGCUGUAGCUAUGAAAGACAAAGAGUUGCAAAAGAGAGGAGCGCUGGAUGUUAAUCUUUUGCCAGAAAGAGAAGAAGACAUCGAACAUGCGCAUAAAAUAAGAUAUCAUGAAAAAGGUUUUGAUGGUCAUCGCCGUAAGCGUCGUUCAGAAAUCAACGACAGGCCGUUAUUUGAUACACAGGGAAAAUUAGAGGAAAAAAGACAAAAAAUUACGCAACUCCUCGGAAAACGGAGACAACUCAAGGUUAAUUCUUUUUCAACACCUCCCAAGUCGAAGAACGAACUAACCACCCAAGAGACAUUGGGUAUUAAAGUUCGACGGACCAGGCUCAGUAAUAACGAGAGCUCAGACAAUAGUACUAAUAAGGAACCUUGGAUUGAUGACCUCUCGAAUAGUCCCACUGUGAAUCAAACAGUGGUUUCUUCUGAGCUAGGAUCACAGAGAGACCCUGAGUUAGCUGUAAAUGUAGCAUCUGAGACAGAACUUCCUGUAACAAGUCUCCCGGAUGUGACGUCACAAAGCAUCUCUUUAAAACAAACACAGAAUUGCCUCGCAAAUCAACCAAAACAAAAGGAAACUCACUGUACACCAGAUGGAAGAACUGAAGAUUCAGCGCUAAUUAGUAGUUCUUCCAUUAGUUCCUUAGUUUGCUGUGAUUACGCCGACUCUAGUGACGCUUCGGAUGAUCAUACAUGACAAGAUACCGAAAUAAUGCAAUCAGUUGGAUAUCGGUUGAGUAAUGCAUCCAUGGUGUCUGGCUUUAAUGAUGCAAUUAAACAACAACUGUCCCAGAGAAUGAAAGUGCACCGGGCUAAUCAAGACUUUUUCGCCUUAAAUAAAGAAAUUUGGUUUCUCCUCCAAUUUUCUCCUCUUCUGAAAACAAAACAAAGCAAAAUCAAAGCUGAGAAGUAUUCGAGCGUCAGCGACCCAUUUACUUCUGCUAGCAAUCUUUACUACGACUCCACAACUCAUGAUGCAAAGAGCGUAGGAUAUUUUUGCAAAUCGAGUAACCUAUAACUCGUUUUCUGUACUAGACUUAUCUACGAGUUAAAAAUGGCGCGCGAGGAGCAAAGGCGUCUUAAUGUAUACGUUACUUCUGGACAAAUAAAAAACCAAUCAGAGUAGAAAGU